UUUCCCAUUAAAGUUUUUACUCUUUAUAAUGCAGACAGCGCACUGCAAGUAGAAGAAACCUCAUAGAACGAAUAGCAUCUUUCUUUUUUUCUUCUACAGUAUCUGCCCGGCUUGCAGUUUCUGUAGAAAUAUUAUCAAACACUGACUUGAUUAGAAGUAUGACUGGUAACGUCCAAGUCCCUGAGAACUCUCCCACAGGGUGUAGGACUAUCUGUUUAUACUCUGGUUGACAAUUUACCACUUGCUUUCACAUCUUUUCCCUAUCAUCUUCCUGGUUUUGUUCAAUAUCACAUACUGAAAGAGCAACCUCCCCCAUCUCACAAAAAGCAAACUCAUCCUUCUAUUAUAUCCCCUAAAACCUUACUUAAAAAGGGGGAUAUAAAAAUCCCUCAAAAGCACAGUAGUGCCCUGAGGAAAGAAUAUAGUGACUUGCUACAGGUAACUCUGCCCCAGGCAGACCUCCCCCUCUUUCUCUCCUUUUCGCCUUUUAAACAUGUGAUUUGAUAAAAGCUUUUGAAGAUGUAAAAAAACAUUUUGACUUUCAGGAAUAAAAUAACCAACAACACAGUAAAAUACUAAGAGGGUCUUGACCUUCCAAAGAACACUCCCAUUCUAGUUGGAACAGGGAGGAAUGUAGGAAAUGUACGUGUUCAACAUGAGAAGAGUUUCCAGGAAAGCAGGAGUUUUAUUUAUUUUUUUUUAAAACUGGCAAGUCAAAAUGAAAGUACAACUGACUUCCAGAUGAGGGUGUGGUGGUUGAAGACAAAAUGCAAUGUGUCGGAGCAAUUCAGAUCAUUUCACUGAAGCACAUCUCAAUUGCAGUACCAGCUACUUGUCUGCUGACGAAGGUUACUUUGCCAUGGGCUGGGAUAUGAACAACACAACUGAUUACUCGAUUGAGGAUGAGGAGGGUGAUCUCAACUCUGUUAUAGAUUACAAUUCAUACGAGCUUCUCUGUGAAAAAAGUGAUGUGAGAAAUUUCAGGAAAUUAUUCCUUCCUGUGUUCUAUGCAUUGGCUUUCACUGUUGGAGUAGCUGGAAAUUCAUUAGUGGUCGCAAUUUAUGUCUAUUGCAAGAAAGCGAAGACUAAGACGGAUGUGUACAUCACGCACCUAGCCAUUGCUGAUUUGCUUUUGCUCUUUACACUCCCUUUUUGGGCUGCAAAUGCAGUGCAGGGAUGGGAACUUGGAAACUCAAUGUGCAAGCUCACUUCGUCUCUGUACACCAUGAAUUUCAGCUCUAGCAUGCUGUUCCUGGCCUGUAUCAGUGUGGAUAGAUACAGGGCCACUUCUGAAACCAGAGGCCAUAGAAGAAUUGAUAAACACUGCAGUGUGACCUGCAUCUGUGUCUGGCUGUCUGCCAUUUUCCUCAGUAUCCCUGAACUGAUAUUUAAUCAAGUCAAGAAACACAAUGACAGGAAUGAAUGCCUUCCUGUAUUUCCAACGAACAUGGAAACACUCAUAAAAGCAACCAUUCAAAUCUUGGAAAUUAUCCUGGAAUUUCUGCUUCCUUUCCUGGUAAUCCUGAUCUGCUAUUCAGCUACUGCCCGAGCAAUCUUUAGAUCUGCAAAUGCUAAAAAAUCUAGACCUUUUAUUGUUCUGCUGGCAGUAGUGGCUACUUUCAUUAUUACCCAGCUACCUUACAACAUUGUUAAGGUCUGGCGAGCCAUAGAUACCAUCUACAUGUUGAUUACUGACUGUGAUGCAAGUAAAACCAUAGACGUUGCACUCCAGGUCACCAAGAGCAUAGCUUUGUUUCACACCUGCCUGAACCCUCUGCUUUAUGCCUUUCUGGGUGCCUCUUUUAAAAUGCAUAUUAUGAAACUUGCAAAAGAUUACGGAUACUGGAGAAGACGACAACAGAAUGGAAGACCUGAAGAAAUCUCUAUGAAUUAUGAAGACCAUACUGAAGAAACAAUUAGUUUCACUAUAUAGACUCUCCAUUACUUUCAUUAUCUUAUAUAACAAAGAGAAUUAUUUACUAAUUCUGGGGGUAUUGUUUCAGCAGCUGUUUCUCUGCAAGUCAAUGUUCAGAUGAAUUUCUGAACCUGCAGGCUAGCCAAGACACUACAGUGCAGUUUGAAGUGGAACAUGUUAAUCAAAAUUAAGCAUCAGGCAAGAACUAAAUACUGAAAUUCCUAGAAACAACUAGAGAUAUUUACUAAAAAACCCCCCAAAAAUCAAUAAACAAAAAACCCCCCCCAACCCCGCACAACAAAAUGCAAACACCUAACCCUCCCCGCCAAGAUUUAAAUUUAAAAGGGACACAGUACUAGGCACUUAAAUAGCUGUGUAACGAACAACCUGUCUAAACAUAAAAUUAAACCAGAAAAAAACCCCAUCAUCAAUAAAACAGCAGUACAGGAACUUUUGUACCAAAAGUUAAUAAUCUUGUGUUUCUCCAACUAUUUUGUAAAAAUUUAGAACAUUUGCCUAAUAAGUCAGUUCAUUUUUUUUCCUUAGCUAUCAUUUCAUAGAUACGUGUGCAGCUUGACAUGAAGUAUCAGUUCAUGGCUAAGAAUUGAGAGAGAAGGGGGGUGAGGCGGUAGAAAAGCCAUUCUCUAUAUGUUUCCACAUAUGUAGCACAACAACAUCCUCCACAAAAAAAACAGUAACUCUUUCUCUGUAACUACCAAAAAUGACCUUUCAGCUCUCCUUUUGUUCUCACCCUAAACUUCAACAAGCCCAGUGCCCUAUGGGAGGCACAUUCUAGAUCUUUGUAAAUGUCAUGUCAAACAUAAAUGCCAAAGUAGUGCAGUUAAAGCAUUAGCAGAAAAGUAAGAAAAAGUUAAGUUAAUCUUCAGUUACAGGGCCUGGAAUUUCUAGUCAGAAUUUGUAAAAUUAAUCAAACACUGCAAUAACUGUAAUCUGCUAAAGUAUAUCGAGAUACAAUAAAAUCAAAGAAUACAAAAAG